UCCAUGGUGCGCUCUUUCAGGGAGAACCUGUGUUUAGGAAUCUCACCAGUGACUGCCAAUACCAGUUCCUUUGGAAGACAAGUGUAACUUGUCCACCAUUUACAAAAUUCAUGUCUGUCAGUGAGGGGCAGUGCAUACUGAACAAUGAACAGAUGAAUGCAAGAAUGGACCUCAAGAAACUUGGACAACAUGGUGUGAUGCAGGUUCAGGAUUACUCCAUGAACCUGUGCAGUUUAAGGACCAUCACGCACAUCACCAAUAACAAAUCGUAUGGUACAUUAACCAGUGUGGAGUUUGACUAUCAGCAGAAACAAGUGCGCCUGCUGUUCAGCAUGGGAGCCAACUGCACUGUCACAGAGAGGUACAAGUCACAGUUAUUGUUGAAUUGCGAUGAAGAUGCAGGCUCCCGUGAACCAAGGGUGCUGAUGGAGAACGACUGUGGGGUUGUGAUUGAAUGGCUGAAUGCCAAUGUCUGCGACGUGCUGGUCCCCUCAAGCGUUCACACAACGCUGCGCUCUGAGUCCACUUCAGGCAGUUCAGUGGGUCUGGUGGUAGGCCUGAUUAUCCUGGCGGCUGUCCUGUGUUUGUUGGUGCUGCAUUUCAGAAAGCCAGCCAAUCGCAGCCAACUGAGGAGCUGGGUGUACUCGUUCCUCGGCAUGAGGCGGCACAACGGACAGUUUCACUACUCUCUGCUAGAGGCAGCCGACGAAGCCAGCCAGCUGCUGGUGAGUCACGUGGAUGGGCAAGAGUCCGAUAGUGACGAUGAGCUGUUAAGAAUGUGAGGAGUCAACUCUGAGUGUUGGCUUAAUCUCUAUCAAUCUGUGUUAGUUCAUAUUGUGCAUAAAUGUCAGGUUUGUAAGAGAACCUCCAGUAAUAGCCAAAAUUGUUGAACUGCUACUUAGUUUUGUUGCACUUUGUUAGCUUUGACGUUGAUUUUGAUGAUAUGCAGUGCCUUGUUGAUGUCUACUCUUUUUUGUGUGGCUUCCCUUUGUCAGUGAUUCAGACAGCUACUGACAUGUAACUAAGAAUGUCUGGCCCAACUAAAUUAAGAUAUUGCUCAGUUUGAAUUUUUUUUAAAAAAAAGAGGAUAUUUUAUAAAAUUUCGGGGUGAUUCUGGGCACUUACCUUUUACCUGUGUUCAGGGGAUCAGCAAGUUUGACGCGAAGCAUUCGUUUCAAAGCAUUCAAAUUUAGCAAACGGUGUUCGCAUUUCGUGCAUGAUAUUUGUUUCUUCUGAGUUGCUAAAUAUAACCUCAAGACAGUUCCAGCAUCAUGACGCCUCGGAAAAUAUACUGAACCAAAUUUACAUCUCUGCUGUCUCAUGUUUAGUAACAAAUUAUGUACAGGGGAGUAAUUAAUUUUUAAACUCUUAACAGUAUCGUGAUUGAAGAACAAUUGGGGUUUAGAAUCGGUCUCUCAUCUGAUAAGCAUUGUACACGUUGAUAGAUGUAAUCUUGUGUGCCCUAAAUGAUAAGAUGCUUGUGGGUGGGUUAUUUUGUGACUUUUUCUAAAGUAUUUUGAGUGUAUGAAUCAUGAUAUUUUACUAUCAAAAUUAAUUCUUACUGAAUUCAAGGUAAAGCUGUGUGCAGUGGUUUAAAUCAAAGGUGUACUGCAAUUCAGGUAUGAUGGGUGGAAGUUCAAUAUUUAUUCCAAAAGUGUCAAAAAUGUGUAAGAGGUGCUGAAUAUGAUGAACCUAAACAUACAGAUCUAAACCUUCUUGACGAUGGUGACUAAUUCCUAUCUCCGGAGAUAGGGAUUAGCUCUAUCUAGUGGGCCCAGCUGUGUAGGAACCUGAAGACGGAGAUAGAGCCCCAUCUCCGAAACGUCGUUUUACAUUUUAUAUUUUACUAGACGAUGGAUAAUAUCCAGGAAAAUUUUUAUUCAAAUGACUAAACAUACAGUAUGCAAAAAGAUUUUCUAGCAAUGUGGUACGAAGUUGUUGCCAUGUCAGUCAUGUUGGUGUCAUGAGAGGCUCUGCUUAUUAUUUUAAUUAUUGGGUAGAUACAUUUAAAUCAAAUCCAGUUAAUCCAUGUCCUGGGUGUAGGAUGGACUCCAUAACUUGAGGAUAGGAGUGUUUUUAUUGCAGCAUGUGGUCAGAUGACGUGUGUCUCAUAGUGAAGAGAAUACAAGUGAAUUUUUUAAAAAGGAAAUAUCCUGCUUUUAUUUACAUUCGCGUAAUAUGCUGUGCUGACAAGUGGGUCCAAAGAGUUACCUGUUCAGCAGAGAUAUCAUUGUAUAUAAUGGAAGAAUGAACAUUUUAAUGGAACUUCGUAUGUAUAUUGGUUAAAUACUUGUAAAUUUUAAAAUUCUGUAUGUGCUACAUAAAUUGAACAAACCAGUAAUAAGCUUCUAUGAUUAUUAGUAACAUGUAUGUAUGUUUAUGUAGAACAUAUACAUUGCUUUCAGUAUUAUGCUGGUAUAUUCACUUUACUUCAGCAAAACAGUAUCAUUAACCCUGUAAAUCGCAGUUGGAACUGCAUAUACCACCUUCUUUAACAACUGUGCAUUUUGUAUGCAUGGGUUUUCCCUAUUAACAACGAUCAUUUCCUUGAACAGCAUUAACCAAUUGAUCUUUGUAAUGGUAAAAUGUUGUUUUCUCUUAGUGGUUUGGACUGAAUUCUUAAAUAUUAUUUAGAUGAGCUGUAGAUUUGAAAGGUUAAUUGGUUAUGCCUACAUUCAUGGGUUGGGUAUUAACACAUGCCUGCAACAUCCUGUCUCAAUAUCUGCUUUGUUUUGUAAUGAAACUAACCCUAUUUAUUAAACAAAUCAUUUUUAUAUUGCAGUGAAGAAAAUAACUUUACGAGAAGAAUGUGACUUGGUGCAAUUUUUUUUCCAGAAUAAAAUAAUAUGCUGUCAUUCAUUAAGAUGGUCUUAACCCUUUAUAAUAAAAAUUGUACUUCUGUACUCUUCUCUGUUUACUUUUCUAAAUAUCUUUUAAACUGGUUUUCCAGUUAUAUAUAAAAGUAUAUGGAAAAUAAAAAAAUGACUGUAUUACACAAAGAAUAAAAUUGUCUUGCAAACAUAAAGGUCCUGAAGAUGGCUAUCUUCUGGAUUGUAGCACCAUGCAGUGUGGUAGAAUUUUACAGAAGUUUCAGAGGUAUUUAAAAGUACCAUAUCGAGAAAAGGUGGCUGAUGCUUUCAAUAAUUUGUUUGUAACAAUAGCCAAAUGUUUAAAUUUAUAUAAAGUGAGAAAAGAAGAUGCAAUAUUACUUUUAAAACAUUCAUUUCCCAGUAAAUUCCUUGGUAUUAAAAUUAUUACAACCACUGGUGCUGAGAUAAGAAUUGUAUUCCUUUAAAUAAAAACCUCAUCAGGUUAUGAUGAAAUAACAAGUAAAAUUCUAAAAGCUUAUUCAUAUGUACUUCAUUGUCCAUUAAGGUAUACCUGUAAUUGCUCACUAUGUACAGGUAUUUUCCCUGAUUGUCUUAUAAUUUUCAUUAGUAAACUACCGUUCAAGAAAGGUAGCAUAAGAAGGUAUCGAUCCAUUUACUAUUGUUAACAGUUAUAACUUUUUUUAAGUUCUUCAGGCCUUGUACAAUCGUUUCUGCCAUCACAUGCAUAAAAACAGCAUAUGGAAGCAGAAGAUGUAUUAAAAUUUGUUCAUAAAAAUUGUUGAGGAAUAUUCUGUGAUUUAGCUAAGAGUUUGACUAUGUUAACCAUUAAAUUUUGAAUUAAAUAUACAGGGACAUUAUCUGACUAGUUCAGAUCCUGUUGCCCAGAUAAAAAAAGGAGCAAAUGAAAUAAUCAAAUGCAACUCAUAAUUUUUUCUCAAACAUGGGGACGAAUAAAACGCGGCAUUCUUAACUUGCCAUAAAUACUUUAUUACGCAGUUCAUAAAUAAAUAAAAAUUCAGCAUGUUGA